ACGAGAAAGUGUGCUUACGUUAAAAAAUCAAAUUCAGAUUAUAUUUAAAAAAUGGGUUUUAGAGGUCUGCUCGUGGAUCUGCCACAGACUAAAUGCAUUCAGUCAUUGAGUUGUGACUAAGUGUACUAUUGUCAUUUGAGAAUUACUAAAGAGAAAGCAACUUUUCUUUAAGAGGUCAGUAAACAUUAAGAUGUACAUUUAUAAAUGGCAAUUCCUUUAACACUGGUGGUGUGCUGAAAAUGAAAGUGAAGGUGAGCUGUGGUUAUCAUAUAAAAGAGACGUUCCUGUGUAGCUGAAAGACACUUUGCUGAGAGGCACAUAACUGGAGCAUGUCUUGGUUUUUUGAUUUGUUUCGAUCUAAUUCGCCCCCACCUCGAUCCCGAACUCCCCCCCCCCCCCCCACCUCCACCUUCUCCAAAACUUCUGCCUCAAGAAUGGAGGAAGGGGCCUUGGGGAAACAAAGAGAGAGAGUUGCAGAUUGUGAAGGACUACCAGCCUUUUACCGAGGAUGUCCAGCUCAGGUUUAUGCUUUACGGAGCUGUUGGUGCUGGCAAGUCCAGCUUCAUCAACUCUGUGGAAAGUGUUUUACGAGGUGAAAUAUGUAAUCGUGCUGGCGUAGAUGCGAUGGUUCGUGAAAGCUACACCACAAGCUACAAAGCCUACAAAAUCCAAAAAGGAGGACCAAGGACAUAUUACCCUUUUGUCUUCAAUGACAUCAUGGGCCUUGAGAAGGAUACAAGUAAAGGAGUUCGUGUGGAAGACAUCAAACUGGCCAUGAGGGGACACAUGAAGGAUGGUUACAAGUUCAAUCCUAUCUCAACCUUGUCUGAGGAUAACCAACACUACAAAAGAGACCCCUCUCUAAAUGACAGAGUUCAUGUUCUGGUCUGCGUCAUCCCUGGCAGCAUAGCAGGGUUGGAGAAUGAUUCUGUGAAGAAGUUGAGGGAAGUCAGACUUGCAGCCAGGGACAUGGGGAUUCCGGAAAUUGCUAUUCUCACCAAAAUUGAUGAAACCUGUCCAGAAGUCGGCAAGGAUAUAAUGAACGUGUAUAAAAGCAAGUACCUGAAGAAAAAGAUUGAGGAGGUGAGUGGCACGCUGGGAUUUCCACCAAGCAGCAUCUUUCCUGUGAAGAACUACCACUCAGAGAUCGACACAAAUGACGACGUUGAUACACUGAUACUGAGCGCACUGAGACGGAUGAUUAAAUCUGGAGAAGACUUUGUCAACGACCUGUAAAACUACAGACUGCUGAGAUCUUGUUGUUACAACGACAUGUAAAAAGGUCCUGGGAACAAGAAUAAUAUUUACUUAAAGGGGGCAAUGUGGGUUGUAGGUUUUUAUUUGCCGCCUGUAAUGCGUCAUAUCUAUUCUACAAAAUAUGGUAUCUCUACCUGAGUGAGUAAAUCUAUGAAAAUGCUUUACUUUUUGCAUUAUGAUGUUUUUAGUUUCGUUUUUUUGAUUCAACGGUUAUUUAUCCGGCCAUCUUCAGCUAUUCAAUAAUCUGAACAAUAGCAGGUCAAAAGACAGAAUUUGUUUGUAAACCAAAACUUUAUGUUUAAACUUAUGAUUACAUAUGCUGUACCUGUCACUGAUUAAAAUACAUUUUCCUAUUCUCUGUUGGAUGAGAUUUAAAUUGAACAUUUUACUGUGAAUGCAAUAAAUCACAAAAAUAUUGAAAUGA